UUUGUACAAGUUACAUCUUUGAAUUCUCUCUUCCCCUCUCUCUGUGCUCUCUUGUGGGUGAGCUUGGAAGAAGCUAGCCAUGGCAGUUGGGUUGGCAAUAUCAAGUGCAGGAGGGCGAUAUAAUGGCAAGAUGACACCAUUUGUGCUCCUCUCUUGCAUGGUGGCAGCCACAGGAGGAGUUAUUUUUGGCUAUGACAUUGGAAUUUCAGGUGGAGUGACAUCAAUGGAGCCAUUUCUCAAAAAGUUCUUCCCAGAAGUGUACACCAGGAUGAAAUCCGACAAGAAAAUCAGCAACUAUUGCAAAUUUGAUAGCGAAUUGUUGACCUCCUUCACAUCCUCACUCUACAUAGCUGGCCUUUUAGCUUCCCUUUUUGCCAGUUUGGUCACGAGAGCUUAUGGCCGCAAGCCUUCAAUCCUUGCUGGGGGUGCUGCAUUUCUUGCUGGUUCGGCUUUAAACGGUGCAGCUUUGAACAUCUACAUGCUAAUCCUCGGUCGCAUCUUGCUUGGUGUUGGAGUUGGUUUUGCUAAUCAGGCUGUUCCUUUGUAUCUUUCGGAAAUGGCACCAGCAAAACACAGAGGAGCAAUUAACAAUGGCUUCCAAUUUAGUGUUGGCAUUGGUGCUCUGUCAGCUAACCUCAUCAACUACGGCACUGAAAAGAUCAAAGCCGGUUGGGGUUGGCGAAUCUCCCUAGCCAUGGCGGCAGUCCCUGCCUCAAUGCUAACACUUGGUGCAUUUUUCCUUCCUGAAACACCAAACAGUCUCAUUCAACGCAGCACAGACCACCAAAGGGCCAAGCAAAUGUUACAGCGCAUCAGAGGGGUCAAUGAUGUAGAAGCAGAGCUUGAAGAUCUCAUCAAAGCAAACAACGUAUCGAAAACUAUCAAACACCCUUUCAAGAAAAUCUUAGAGAGAAUGUAUAGGCCUCAACUUGUCAUGGCAAUAGCCAUACCAUUUUUCCAGCAAGUGACAGGGAUCAAUGUCAUAGCCUUUUAUGCCCCAAUUCUUUUUCGAACAAUUGGUUUGGGAGAAAGCGCAUCGCUUUUGUCUGCUGUCAUGACUGGCGUAGUUGGUACAAUCUCAACCUUCAUAUCUAUGCUCAUAGUGGACAAAUUUGGGAGAAGAGCUUUGUUCAUGGUAGGGGGAAUUCAAAUGUUGGUGUCACAAAUUAUGAUUGGGGGUGUGAUGGCAGCUCAGCUUGGUGAUCAUGGUGGAGUGAGCAAAGGGUAUGCAUAUUUAGUGCUGGUUUUGAUAUGCAUAUAUGUAGCAGGAUUUGGGUGGUCAUGGGGGCCUCUUGGAUGGCUGGUGCCUAGUGAGAUUUUCCCUUUGGAAAUUCGAUCAGCCGGGCAAAGCAUCAAUGUGGUUGUGAAUUUUUUGUUCACUUUCAUUGUUGCUCAAACUUUUCUAGCAAUGCUUUGCCACUUCAAGUCAGGGAUUUUCUUCUUUUUUGGGGGUUGGGUGUCGGUGAUGACCGUGUUCGUCUACUUGUUUUUGCCGGAGACGAAGAAUGUGCCUAUUGAGAAGAUGGAGAUGGUGUGGGUGGAGCACUGGUUUUGGAGGAGAAUUGUGGGGGAUUUUAGCAAGGACGCUAAGAUAGAAGCGCCUUGAUGCAGUUGUAUUGUAAAUUGUAAUGACUCAAAUGUAUAGAUAUAGAAGUAAGGCCCUUUCAUAGUUACCGGUCUCUAGCCUUUGUUAUUCUAGCUGUUGUGUGUUUUUUCGCUGCUGUUGCUGUUGUUUCCUUUUCUUUCUGUCUUUGGUUAGUCUGUUUCUCCCCUUUGUUGUCUUUCUUUCGGUUUGAAUGAAAGCUUCUAUUGACCUAAAAAAACAUAAAAAAAUAAAAAGAAGUAAGGCCCUUUCUGUUUUCGUUUUGAGGUUCUAAUGUCAUUUUGAUGUUGGGCUCCUGUUUAAGUUAUUUGGAUCUAUUGGGCUAGCUCUGGCCCCG